GCCCGGAAGCGGAGUCCGGCGCCUCCUGGGCGGCGGAUUCGAGGGUUUGUUUUGUCAGUAGAGUUUUCUGAGGCGCUGCCGGUCGUCCGCCAUGCCGUCCGAGGGUCGCUGCUGGGAAACUCUAAGCGCGCUGCGGAAUUCCAGCAAAGGCCGCCUGCGCUACCACCGCGAGUGGCUGGUGCACUACGAGGAUGUUUUGGAGGAAUGCACAUCUCUUCCCAAACUGUCUUCUUACUCUGGAUGGGUGGUAGAUCACGUCCUACCCAACACCUCACCCCAGGCGCAAGAGAACUCUCCUUCCUCUGAUCAUUCGCCAUCCUCUGGAUCUGGUUCAGGCCUGGACCAACCCUCACUUCUUAAGUCUCCUGUCAGAAGCACCCCAGAAUCCCCCUCACCUUCAACAUCAAAUGGAACCAAGAGCACCCAAGAGUCCCAGAGCACUGAAACUAUUGCACUUCUGUCCUCCCGAGCAAUCAAAGUGGAAGGCUGCAUCCGAAUGUACGAAUUGGUGCACAGAAUGAGAGGAACAGAGGGCCUGAGGCAGUGGCAGGAGGAACAGGAGAGGAAGGUACGAGCCCUCUCAGAAAUGGCAUCUGAACAACUGAAGAGGUUUGAUGAGCUGAAGGAACUGAAGCUGCACAAGGAAUUCCAGGAUUUACAAGAGGUGAUGGAAAAGAGUACCAGAGAAGCCCUGGGCCACCAGGAGAAGCUAAAAGCUGAGCAUCGCCACAGAGCCAAGAUUCUCAACCUGAAGCUUCGAGAGGCAGAGCAGCAGCGUGUGAAGCAGGCAGAGCAGGAGCAACUUCGGAAGGAGGAAGGCCAGGUCCGUCUACGCAGCCUGUACACCCUGCAAGAGGAGGUCCUUCAGCUUAACCAGCAGCUAGAUGCCUCCAAUCAGCACAAGGACCUGCUGAAUGUCGACCUGGCUGCCUUCCAGACCCGGGGCAACCAGCUGUGUAGCCUCAUCUCCGGAAUCAUUCGCACCACCUUGGAGAGUGGCUAUCCCACAGCAGAGCACCAAGCUGAGGCCGAGCGAACACUGCAGGAAAUGCGGGACCUCCUCUCAAAUUUGGAGCAGGAGAUCACUAGAGCCUAUGAAGCCAAAAAGAAGCAGGAUGAAGAGGAGGCCCGUAUCAAGCUGCAAGAAUCACAGGUGCUAAAGGCGCCAGGGGCUCCCACUCAGCCCACUGUGCCCAGCCCAGGCCCAGCAGGGACACAGAAUGAAGAACUGCAGGUAAAGGUACAAGACAGUACCAUGCAGUGGUAUCAGCAGCUUCAGGAUGCUUCUGCCAAAUGUGUGUUGGCCUUUGAGGGCCUGAGCAACAGCAAGGACAGUCAGGCCAAAAAGAUAAAGAUGGACUUGCAGAAAGCAGCCACUAUCCCAGUGAGCCAGAUCUCCACUAUUGCAGGUUCAAAGCUGAAGGAGGUCUUUGAAAAGAUCCAUAGCCUGCUAUCUGGAAAGCCCGUCCAAUCUGGUGGGCGUUCUGUGUCUGUCACUCUUAGCCCACAAGGGUUGGACUUUGUCCAGUACAAACUGGCAGAGAAAUUUGUGAAACAAGGUGAGGAGGAAGUGGCCUCUCACCAUGAAGCAGCAUUCCCCAUUGCAGUGGUGGCAUCUGGUAUCUGGGCGCUCCAUCCUAAAGUGGGGGAACUUAUCCUUGCUCAUCUCCACAAGAAGUGUCCCUACUCCGUUCCUUUCUACCCAGCUUUUAAGGAGGGGAUGGCUUUGGAGGACUAUCAGCGGCAGAGCAGGAGCUCAAGCAGGACCAAAACCUGGAGGCAGAAGCCGAUGCAGUGGGCUCAUCCUCAUGGCUUAAAUCAUGGCUGGCGCUGGUUGGCACAGAUCUUAAACAUGGAGCCUCUAUCAGAUGUGACAGCCACUCUCCUGUUUGACUUCUUGGAGGUGUGUGGGAAUGCCCUCAUGAAGCAGUACCAGGUCCAGUUCUGGAAGAUGAUUCUUCUCAUCAAAGAGGACUACUUUCCCAGAAUUGAAGCCAUCACAAGCUCAGGACAGAUGGGUUCUUUCAUACGUCUGAAGCAGUUCUUGGAGAAAUGUCUGCAACGCAGGGAGAUUCCUGUCCCCAAAGGCUUUCUGACUUCCUCCUUCUGGCGCUCCUGAUGUCCUCCGUCAUCAGUCAUCACAUCAGUUUGCAGGAGGGGCAACAAUAAAGAACUGAGACAGCGCGUGUGAAAGAAGUCAUGUCAGAUUUAGAACUUCAUCAGUGUGUUCUUAUGUAUACAUUUGUACCAUGUGACUAUGAUUUUCAUAGUUUACAGCCUUUUGCCAGUCUCUUGUCAGAUUUGGUAGUUCCUAUAGGUACCAGGACAGACAAGCUAUGAGAAGAGUCAGAAGAGGCACUUAGCACUGGGAUGCAUCCUUUGUCUCCAGGAUCUUUCCGAACGUUGGUGAGACUUUGUGUUUUCCUCUGACCUGGAGCAAGUCCACCAUUUUCACUUUCACCCUCAGCCCCAUCACUUUCCAAACACACACUCAAAAGAGUAAAUCUCCUAAGAUUCCCUUUAAAGUAUCAUGUGAUGUUUGAGGCCAAUCUCUUCUAUGCAGUCUGAGUAUGAGGUAAAGCACUUUAUACUUUAUGGCUUGUAAACUACUUGUAUAUUCAGAGGACGUGUAGUGUAGGCAUGGACUGAACGCCAGAGUGCGUCAAGGUAGUUGGUAUGUGGAUCAAGACUAGGAACAUGGAACUAUAGAGCACUCUCUGUCUUCUUGAUCUGGAAUUUGGUCCCUAAUAGCUGGGAAUGCUGUACUAGAUUCAGUACCUUUUUGUUGUUUUUCUGACAAAUACUAAGAUUGACUGAGAUAUGACUUAUAGCAUUAGGUAUAAGCUGAAGUUCAUCAGCAGUGAAUGCAUUGGUCAUUAGGAGGAGCUGACUAUCUCAGGUGGAAGCUGGUAUUUGUUUUAUGAAUAGAUUGACUCUCUUUGUGCACUGCAGAGGCAGAGCCACAGAUCAAAUCUAGUCCAGCAGGCACAGGGCCUUGUAUGGUGUGUAUCUGUUGGUUCUCUUGAAUGGCCUAAGCAUUUCAGUUGUUUACUGCAGUGCCCAAAAAGGUAAUAAAGUUUGAAUUUUUAAAAAU